AUGCCAGUCAUUAUGAGGACAAGGUUCUUCAUGAUGACCAGGCACACCCGGGCUCCAGGGUACAGAAAUAUUCACCUACGCAUUCACACCAGACAUGAUGUGUACAGCUGUGAGCAGUGUGGCAAACAGUUUGCUACAAACAGAAACUUAAAAAAACACCAACUCAUCCACACUGGAGAGAGACCAUUCAGCUGUGAUGAGUGUGGAAAGUCUUUUACCCACUCUGGAAACUUAAAAACACACCAACUGAUCCACACUGGAGAGAGACCGUUCAGCUGUGACGACUGUGGAAAGUCUUUUACCAAAUCUGAAAGCUUAAAAACACACCAACUGAUCCACACUGGAGAGAGACCAUUCAGCUGUGAUGAGUGUGGAAAGUCUUUUACCCAAUCUGGAAGCUUAAAAACACACCAACUGAUCCACACUGGAGAGAGACCGUUCAGCUGUGAUGAGUGUGGAAAGUCUUUUACCCAGUCUGGAAGCUUAAAAACACACCAACUGAUCCACACUGGAGAGAGACCGUUCAGCUGUGAUGAGUGUGGAAAGUCUUUUACCAAGUCUGGAAGCUUAAAAACACACCAACUGAUCCACAGUGGAGAGAAACCAUUCAGCUGUGACGAGUGUGGAAAGUCUUUUACCCACCCCGGAAACUUAAAAACACACCAACUCAUCCACAGUGGACUUAAAGCGUACAGCUGUGAUCAGUGUGGCAGAGCUUUUACUCACAGUAGCAGCUUACGGAGUCAUCUAGUUACCCACUCUGGAAUUAAGGCAUACAGCUGUGACAUUUGUGGAAAAACUUUCAAGUGGACUCCUGCAAGGAUGGAAGAACCUCCCUGCCAGUUGAAGAGCCCUUUAGUUAGGCCGAUGCACCAGAGGCCCCCUGUGCCAGGGCUGAGCCCCGUGCACCCACCCGCCCACAACCUCGGCAACACACCAACAAGGACCGAAGCCCCCAAGGCCCAGCCAGAGCCCUAG